AUGCCCUCUGCCAGCGAGCGCGUCUUCGGCACGCCAGAGCUCCUCGAGCUGAUCUUCCUGGCCCUUCCACAACGAGACCUUUUCGCGGCAGCCCAGCGAGUCUGCCAGAAGUGGCACAGGCACAUCCUGACAAGCAUCUGCCUCCAGCGGUUACUUGGCUUCGCCCCUGACGACAACAGACCAUCCACCACGCGAGAGCACGGCGACCUGCUCCUCCAGCGCUUCCCCAAGCUGCUCAUGCGCACGUACACCUUUCCCCAGUCCACGGGCCGGCAGUUCCGCGGCGUGUACGAUUUCCCCGAGGGGCUGCUCAUGGGAGAGCUGAUCUUCACGGGCAUGCAGCGGCUCGGGCCGGGGUUCCCGGGGGCCCGGACGGACCCGGAGCCGCCUGGCCGGCCUGUGUCGUUCUCGCUGUCAUGCCGGAGGACAGAUGUCGAGGCUGCGUGCAGGUACUGGGAUGGUGGUGCGGAGGAGUCUUAUUGGUGCUGGGAGGACCGGGAGCGUGAGACGAUGGGCGAUGAGGCGGGUGUGCUGGCGGCGCAGACGGAUGCGGUGUUGGUGUUCUGGAUGGGCAAUGUGGACUCUGGAGGACACGUACUGGGCUCACGUGGGGAGGCUUGA